GGGCCUGACAGCGGACUGGGAAGGCUGGCGUCUGGGCUCCUUCCGAGCCCUCUGUGGCUUCCAAGGCCGCCUGCAGCUCCGCAACCGAGACCCCUGCUCUGGGUCCCAUAAUGCGCCUCUGCCCGCUGCUGCUCCAGCUACUCGCGCUGUGGGGUGCGCACCCCUCGGCCGCGGCGCGCAGUCUCAGCCUGGGGGGAAGUUGGAGGAUUCGCAGCGGGAACGGCUCACUGGAGUUGCCGGGGGAGGUCCCAGGGUGCGUGCACAUCGCCUUGUUCCAGCGGAACCUCAUCCAGGAUCCUUACUACAGAUUUAAUGACCUUAACUACAGAUGGAUCUCCUUGGAUAACUGGACCUAUAGCAAGGAAUUUCAAAUCCCCUUUGAGAUUAGCAAAUGGCAAAAAGUAAAUUUGGUUUUCGAGGGCGUCGAUACAGUUGCAAAAGUCCUGCUCAAUAAUGUUCUUAUUGGGAAAACAAACAACAUGUUCAAAAGAUAUAGCUUUGAUAUUACCCAAGUGGUCAGACCCCGAAACUCCAUUGAGCUGCAUUUCCAGUCACCAGUGUUGUAUGCGGAGCAGCAGAGCAGAGCCCACACUCUCUACGAGGUGCCCCCAAACUGCCCUCCGAAUGUCCAGAAGGGAGAAUGCCACGUCAACUUCAUUCGAAAGGAGCAGUGUUCCUUUAGUUGGGACUGGGGGCCUUCCUUUCCUACCCAGGGCAUCUGGAAAGAUGUUAGGAUUGAAGCCUAUAACAUUUGUCAUCUGAACUACUUCACGUUUUCCCCUGUAUAUGAUAACCAUGCUCAGGGGUGGAAUCUUGAAAUAGAGUCUUCUUUUGAUGUUGUCAGCUCAAAGCCAGUCUCUGGUCAAGUGAUCGUAGAAAUCCCUAAAUUGCAAACACAGCAGACGUACAGCAUUGAACUUCAGCCUGGGGAAAGGAUUGUUAAGCUCUUUGUGAAAAUUAACAAGAAUAUUACUGUGGAAACUUGGUGGCCUCAUGGACAUGGAAGCCAGACUGGGUACAACAUGACAGUUCUUUUUAAACUGAAUAAAGGCUUAAACAUUAAAAAAUCAGCUAAGGUUUAUUUUAGGACAGUGGAACUGAUACAAGAGCCCAUAGAAGGAUCUCCUGGUCUGAGUUUCUACUUCAAAAUUAACGGAGUUCCCAUAUUUCUGAAAGGAUCAAACUGGAUCCCAGCAGAUUCAUUCCAGGAUCGAGUAACCUCUGACUUGUUAGCCACCCUUUUGCAGUCUGCUGUGGAUGCUAACAUGAAUGUGCUUCGGGUGUGGGGAGGAGGGAUUUAUGAGCGUGAUGAAUUCUAUGAGCUCUGUGAUGAACUCGGAAUAAUGGUAUGGCAGGAUUUUAUGUUUGCCUGUGCCCUUUAUCCAACGGAUCAGGAUUUCAUGGAUUCAGUGAGAACAGAAGUUGCUCACCAGAUCAGGAGACUGAAAUCUCAUCCCUCCAUCAUCAUCUGGAGUGGGAAUAAUGAAAAUGAAGCAGCUCUGAUGAUGAACUGGUACAGCAUAGACUUCCAACACCUGCACACCUAUAUCAAAGAUUAUGUGAAACUGUAUGUGAAAAACAUUCGAGAGGUCAUCUUGGCAGGAGACAAGACUCGUCCUUUUAUCACAUCCAGUCCUACAAAUGGAGCCAAAUCUGUUGCAGAAGGCUGGCUCUCUGCCAACCCAUAUGACAAGCAUUUUGGUGACGUACAUUUUUAUGACUAUACCAGUGAUUGCUGGAAUUGGAACAUUUUCCCAAAAGCUCGAUUCGCAUCUGAAUAUGGAUAUCAGUCCUGGCCUUCCUUCAGCACAUUAGAAAAGGUUUCAUCUAAAGAGGACUGGUCUUAUAAAAGCCGAUUUUCACUUCAUCGACAGCAUCAUGAAAAUGGUAACAAUGAAAUGCUUCUUCAGGCUGGACUUCAUUUCAAACUCCCUCAAAGCACAGACCCAUUACGUGCAUUCAAAGAUACCAUUUACCUUACUCAGGUGAUGCAGGCCCAGUGUGUCAAAACAGAAACUGAAUUCUACCGCCGCAGUCGCAGCGAGAUAGUGGCCGGAGAAGGGCACACCAUGGGGGCACUGUAUUGGCAGCUGAAUGACAUCUGGCAGGCUCCUUCCUGGGCCUCUCUAGAGUACGGAGGAAAGUGGAAAAUGCUUCAUUACUUUGCUCGGCAUUUCUUUGCUCCACUGUUGCCCGUGGGUUUUGAGGAUAAAGGAGUGUUUUUCGUCUAUGGAGUGUCAGACCUUCACUCAGACUGCAGCGUGACACUCACUGUGAGAGUCCACGCGUGGAGUUCCCUGGAGCCUCUGUGCUCUCACAGGACCCGGCAUCUCGUGAUGAAAGCCGGGGAGGCCAUUGUCCUCUAUCAGGAGCGGAUUUCUGAACUGCUGAGGAGAUGUGGAAAUUGUACACGGCAAAGCUGCGUGGUUUCCUUUUACCUGUCAGCCGACAGCAAGCUCUGGAGCCCAACCAACUAUCACUUCCUGUCGUCACUGAAGGAGGCCGUGGGGCUCCACAAGGCACACAUCACUGCCAUCAUCUCUCAGCAGGAGGACACAUUCGUUUUUGAUCUGGAAACCUCGGCUGUUGCUCCUUUUGUUUGGUUGGACGUAGGGAGCAUCCCAGGGAGAUUCAGUGACAAUGGCUUCCUCAUGACUGAGAAGACACGGACUAUAUUAUUUUACCCUUGGGGAUCCACUAGCAAGAGUGAAUUAGAGCAAUCUUUUCAUGUGACUUCCUUGACUGAUAUUUACUGAUAGAAUCUGGGUUAUACUCUCAGUGGACACCGAAAUAAAGCAUUUCUAAGGCACCGUCUGGCAACCAGAGCUGCAGGCAACCAGAGACGAGCUGAAGAAGCUGGAGGCAGGCGGUCAAUUUGUCACUACGGAGCGUGCACACUCAGCUUUGCCAGGGAAGGCUGUUCCCUGGGGGGCGGGCGUCCUCCGGCGAGACUGUGCUGGCUGCUCUGUGGUCUUUGCCGGACGGUGAUUUUCGGGUCUUCCCUCACAGCUCUACCACCACACGCACCAGUUACAACGCAGCCGUCUCCCGCUGCCCAGAAAGCAUGUCCACACAGGUAGGCCUCUGGGGAACCACAGGAACAUGACCACAGGGCUUCAACCCACUUAGCUUUUCAAUUCAAAGGAAUUACAUUCAGACUUUUGACCCUGGCAGCAAAGUGGCAUUCUUUUUAGCUUUGAUUUAAAUCAUUUUACAGAUAUUGAUUAUAACAGGCUAUAAAAUUACCUUACUACAAAUGAUCAUGUUCAUAAAAUCACACUGAGAGUAAAGCAAAUGGGACAAAAUAUGAAUAAGUGCCAAUCUGAGAGAAGGUGUGUAGGAAUGUUUUUGUGUUGAUUUUGCAACUUCCUGUAAAUUUGAAAUCAUAUCAAAAAUUAAAAUUUACAUAAAUUACAUGACAACUUGAUAUUUUAUCUGUGGCUUAUUUAAUCAUUCCAUAAACAUGCAGUUGUGCCCAGUACUGUGCUGGGCAUUAAUUGACAUUAGCUCUGGGCAAGGUUUCAUUGUAUUUGAUAAACUAGGAGAAUUUGAAGAAUCUGAUCAAGAAAUAUGAGGGGUUUUCUCUGGGAAGAAUUAUGGAGUGGGUUACAGAAUGAGCCAGCAAUGAAAGUUGGGCUUUAACAUUACAUAAUAGUUUUGGUUUUAAAAUUGAGAAGUUUCAGGCACGUUUCAGGAACUAAAAUAAAUAAAUAAAUAAAUAAAUAAAUGCAGAUAAUCCAGGCAUUUUGUUCAGUAUCUAAGAGUUUCCUCAUGUUAUGUGUUGAGUUAUCUCAAUAUAGAUAUAUGUAAACCUUAUGAGGGACUGGUACUUAGGGAUGUAACUCAGAAGAUUUGUAGUCAAUAAAGAUUAUAUCGUUUUCUUGUCACCAUUGAAAAUCCUGUUUUAUCAAACUGUUGCUGGGGGACAGGAGGAUACUUUUCUCCAUAAAACUCGAGAAUAUUCUGUGCCUGGUGCCCUGUGAGGCUUUGAAGUUGUUGGGCCAGAAUUUACAUCACAGUUCUGCCCUUUCUAGCUCGGUGACCUUGAUCAAGGUAUUUGACUUCUGUGUUUAGUUUUCUCACGCAUGGUAAAAUGGGAAUGAUGGCACUCGCUUUGUAAGUUUGUUUUGAAGGAUAAGUUAAAAUUUUGGCUGAAGGGCUGGGCUCAAGGCUGGCAUCCAGUGAGGGCUCUGUGUGUGGAAGCCCCGCCCUGGAGUGCGACCUUGCUGUCCCAGAGGUGGCAGGCCUUCCGGCCACACCCCCCAGAUCAGAAGCCAGGUUCUGAGGCUUUUUGGCUGUGUGACCUUGGGCAAACCCUUGAACUUUGGGACUUUAGUUUUCUCAUCUGUAAAAAUGUAACCUCUAACCUUCAAAGGGAGGACUAAAUGAAUAGGGUCUGGAACAAAAUAAAUGCUGAGUAAACAGUGGUUGCACUGUUUUAACAUCAUAAUCACUGUCAGUCAGUACAGAAACAAUAGCAAAACUGAAGCCAAUAAAGGCAAAUGUCUUAAAUUUUUUUAAGACCAGAAAAAGAUGUUAGAGAAGAAUGAUUUUUUAAAAAAAAAAAUCUCACCUGAGAGUAUGUUCACUGAUUCUAGACUGAGAGGAGGAGAGAUAGAGAGAAACCCUGAUGUGAGAAAGAAACAUUGAUCUGAUGCCUCUUGUGUGUGCCUGGACCAGGGACUGAACCCUCAGACUUCUGGUGUACGGGAUGACAUUCCAACCAACUGAGCCACCCAGCCAGGGCAAGAAGGAUGAAUUUUUAAAGGAAGAAUAAAUUAAUGAAUGGACAUAGGUAUAUGCCUGCAACAAUUUGUAAAAGGAGAGAGAUGGACUGUAUACACAUUUCUAUAGAAUAGUAACAUCCAGAACAUUCUCCCAUAGUUCUUGUGUGGCUCUGUGGUUAGCCAUAGCCACCAUUUUAAUAGAUUUAUUUUGUUGCAUUUACUGGGAUAGAAUCUAAUGUACUUACUCUUGGCUUUGGAUUCUGAGAACGCAUUUCUGUUAGCAGUUAUGUUAACAGAGAGAUUGGAGAGAAGGGGACCAGGUCCUUCUGCUGUGCUGACUGCAAAGCACUUUCCAUAGUGAGAAGAAGAGAGGUCAGUUCACAGGAUUACAUCUUCCUAUUUUAGAAUGAAGAGAACAAUAAAAAUGGUAAUUUUCUCAUUCACAUUCACUGUAACUCUUCUUAUUUUUUCUCUCACUUGACUUUUUAUUGUGAGAGGGUUUCAAAGCAGGGGAAGCCACUUGGAAAAUGAAUAGGGAGGUUUUGUCCCCUGGUGUAAUGAAAGGGAACUGGAGUGCCGGGACAUGAGGUUUGCUCCCCUGGCGUUCCUAAAGUGACACAGGAAUGUUCUCCUGGACUAUCUCUGGCUCUCAGCUAUGAAACUUAUUCCUCAGCUUGGUAAGAUU